UCAUGGACCUCGACCAGGUGGUGGAAGUCAUGGACCUCAACCAGGUGGUAGCAGUCAUGGAUCUCAAUCAGGAGCACAUAGUCACGGAUCGGAUGGAUCUCAAUCGGGAGCACACAGCCAUGGGUCAGACGGUCGUCAAUCAGGAGCACAUAGCCAUGGGAGUCGAUCAGAUGGAGAUAGGAGCGGAUCAAGAAGGGGAGGAAGAGGCAGAGGUAGAGGCAGGGGUAGAGGAAGAGGCAGAGGAAGAGGCAGGGGCAAAAGCAGUGGCAGUAGAUGGUUUAGUAGUGAAGAUCGAUCUGAAUGGUCAUCAAUGGAGGGUGACAGUAUGAGAGACAGUAGAAUGGAUAGUGAAAUGGGAGGUGGCAGAGGAGGUGGUAGAGGAGAUGGAAUGGGUGGUGGC